UAUUAAAUUUGAUCUUUAAGUAGCGCCAAAGCCUAUAGGUGUUAGUUCUAGUUACUGUUUUAUUACUGUUUAUAUCUAACUACAUUCCUAAACCUUCACAUUUAAUUGGAUCCUGGGAUCAUUUCCAGAAGAGCCCGUGGAACUGAUCACAUGCUGGUCAGAGCUGACAUUCCUGCAGUGGUCACACAACAGGAGUGUGUGUGAGGCUCAUUCUGCUGUUUUCCAGCACUUUAUAAUGUGUAACACUGGUCAGAGUUGAUUAGUUUUCCUGAAAUGGAUCUCAGUUUUUGCUAAGAUUACUCAGAUUGUUGCUAAAACUCUUUGCACAACGCUGUCUGGAGAGAAAUGGCUGACAUCAGGACAUAUAAUGUGGUGGUUCUGGGAAUAGCGUUUUUACUCGUUUUUACAGCCUUCACUACCUGUGGAAAUAUAGAACAAACUGUGGUGAAAAGUCUGGAUAAUACUACUUUCAGUGGAAGUGGGUAUCACAGCCUUGGUAUAAUAUAUGGAGUUUUUUCGUUUGCUAAUUUAUUUGCGCCCUGUGUGGUCGCAGUAAUCGGACCACGGUUUACCAUGUUCCUCAGCGGAAUUCUUUACAGUGGGUACAUAGCUGUAUUUAUAGUUCCAUCAACCUGGUCCUUUUAUUUGACCUCGGUGCUGAUUGGGACAGGAGCAGCAUUGCUUUGGACGGCUCAAGGUCGCUUUCUGGUGGAGAAUUCGGAUGCUUCCACUAUUAACAGAAACACAGCAGUGUUCUGGGCCUUGUUGCAGUGCAGUAUGUUGUUUGGCAACCUUUUUGUUUAUAUAGACUGGAAAGGGAAAACUGUCAUAUCAGAUGAAGACAGAAAGAAGAUGUUUAUCGCUCUUUUGAUCACCUCUGGGCUCGGCACACUAAGUUUUCUCUUUCUGCGAAAGUCAAGUCAGGAGGAGGAAGAGGACUUUCUGCAUGAAGAGGAAGGCCAGCCCUUGCUGUCGUCCCGACUAAUAUUUAAACAGCGAGCCAGCUCUGCCAUAAAAGAGGCCAAAACAGAUUUCAAGACAAUUGUGCACCUUUUUGGCACAAAAACUGUAUUACUGUUAAGCUUCUCCAUGGCUUACAGUGGUCUGGAGCUAUCUUUUUACAGUGGUGUGUAUGGAACUUGCAUUGGUGCUACAACUAAUUUUGGAGACAGCUCCAAGGCCUUUAUAGGCAUCUCAGGCAUUGUGGUGGGAAUCGGAGAGAUCGUUGGUGGAGGGCUGUUCGGCCUUGUGUUGAAGAACAACCACUUCAGACGCACGUCAGUCGUCUUCCUCGGAAUGCUGGUGCAUUUUGUGGCCUUCUACCUGAUCUUUCUCAACAUCCCAAAUGAUGCUCCACUGGUCUUUGAAACCAGCCCACAGCACAACCCUUAUCUGUCUCCAAGUGUUCCCAUUGCCAUGCUAUGCAGUUUCCUGCUCGGGCUUGGGGACAGCUGUUUCAACACUCAGCUUUACAGCAUUCUCGGUUGUAUUUACACCGAACAAAGCAUUCCAGCCUUCGCUAUAUUCAAGUUUGUUCAGUCUGUCUUUGCAGCAGUGGCGUUUUUCUACAGUGGCUACCUGCUGCUGAGCUGGCAGCUCCUCAUCAUGGUCAUCCUGGGCUUCAUGGGCACACUGUGCUUCUUCGUGGUGGAGCGGAGGCUGAGCUCCUCAGCCGAUCUGUCAGAAUAAUAGUUCUGCUCAUUACACCAGUGUCCAGGUUCAGGAUUUGUAUUUGUAUUUCUAAUGAGUACUAACACAUUUCUGGUGUAUGAACUUUUCCCAUAGUGGGGUUGGCUGAACAUGGUGUAUUGCUUAAUAUGAGAAAUGCUACAAUCUUAUAAUAAUUUAUAUUUUAUCAUUUUUAUGGCAUGUCAUCACUUCGGCAAAAUUUAGUUGUGAUCGGUCCUAGAGAUUUCAAGGCUGAUUGGCUUUAAUUAUUAGUAUUGUUGUUGUUAUUGUUGUUAUUAUUAUUAUUAUUAUUAUUAUUAUUAUUGUUAUUUUAAAUACUAAUACAGAUACUCUGCUUGAUUAGUGACCAUUCACUUUGAUUUCAGUUCAAAUAUAUGGAAAUAUAUUGGUAAAACACUAUGUAGCCAAAUGUAUAUGGACACCCAUUCCAAAUUUAAUCCCCCUUUGCUGUUAUAAUAAGCUCCACUCUUCUGGGAAGGCUUUCCACUAGAUUUUGGGGCAUGGCUCUAGGGAUUUGUGUUCAUUCAGCUAUAAGGUCAGGGACUGAUGUUGGUUGAGGAGGUCUGAGGUGCAGUCAGUGUUUCAGUUCAACCCAGAGGUGUUCAGUGGGGUUGAGGUCAGGGCUCUGUGCAGGAAUUCUUCCACUCCAGCCUGAACACACCAUGUCUUCAUGGAUGGGAAAUUGCAAUGCUACAGCAUACAAAGACAUUCUAGACAAGUUUAGGAUGGUUCCACAUAUGGGCAUGAUGGUCAGGUGUCCACAAACUUUUGGCUAUAUAGUCUAUGUUUUCUCCUUACUGUAUGUGUAAUUGGUUUUGAGGUAAGAUACUGAGCUUGUGAGGCAUCAUCAGCAGAGAGCCAUUAUGACCAAUAUAGGAUUACAUUUAAAAUUUCAUAACUAUUUGCACAAUUAAUUAGAAAAAGGUUACAGUUAGAUACCUUGUUAUGACUUUAUUCAUCACUUCAUGAUGUCAUUCAUGUACAAUCAAGUUGAAUCCAACCAUAAAACUCUUGUGUAAGUUUGUACGAAUUUCUCAGAAGAAAAAGAGUUGAAAUGGUUUCAAGAACAUGAUCACAAUGGGUUUACUUUUAGCUACCGGUUGUGCAAAUAAACAAAUUGGGCAGUGGGUUUUAUUAAUACUGUAAUAUUAGACACUAAUUUUCUCUUUGUGAAGGAUCCAUGACAUAGAGUUUUGUGCUUUUGAUAUUUACGUGCACAAAGAUGAGCACAUUAUGUUUUCAGACAGCUGUCCCUGGCUCUCUCAGGGUUCUCAUUAUUUCCGUUUUACCUUUUCACACUGUUUUGUCAUACUUAUGCAUAUGUGACGUGUAUGAAUUAUGUAUGACCGAGAUGGCUUUUGUUGUUAUGUUUACAUAUCCAGCCAAUGUUGUACUUUUUUUAAUGGUUUUCAAAAAUUGUUCAAAUACAGCUGUUUUCUUUUGAAGAGUGCCUUAUAUCAGUAUCAGGAAUUUAUAUAUAGUGUUGUAAACCAAAGACAAAAAAAUGUAGAAUAUUGUCCUGGUGUAACAAAAUGGAUGACUGUCACUGUUUUCCAGUACCAUAUUGCCCUACAAUUCAUUAUAUAUCAAUUCAGUAUUCUAGUCUCAUCUCAUCUCAUUAUCUCUAGUCGCUUUAUCCUGUUCUACAGGGUCGCAGGCAAGCUGGAGCCUAUCCCAGCUGACUACGGGCGAAAGGCGGGGUACACCCUGGACAAGUCGCCAGGUCAUCACAGGGCUGACACAUAGACAACCAUUCACACUCACAUUCACACCUACGGUCAAUUUAGAGUCACCAGUUAACCUAACCUGCAUGUCUUUGGACUGUGGGGGAAACCGGAGCACCCGGAGGAAACCCACGUGGACACGGGGAGAACAUGCAAACUCCACACAGAAAGGCCCUCGUCGGCCACGGGGCUCGAACCCGGACCUUCUUGCUGUGAGGCGACAGCGCUAACCACUACACCACUGUGCCGCCCACGUAUUCUAGUCUAUUAACAUUUUUUUAAAUUCAUUUUAAUGUCAAUUUAUUGAUGUGUCCAGUAACUUAUUGGCUUUCUUAACAUAGUGUCAGUUUAUCCUCUCAUUAAUCUGCAGGAUUGUGACUGAGUGCAGGUGAAGAUUUUCAGUAUACUGUAUCUCAUCUCAUCAUCUGUAGCCGCUUUAUCCUGUUCUACAGGGUCGCAGGCAAGCUGGAGCCUAUCCCAGCUGACUACGGGCGAAAGGCGGGGUACACCCUGGACAAGUCGCUAGGUCAUCACAGGGCUGACACAUAGACACAGACAACCAUUCACACUCACAUUCACACCUACGCUCAAUUUAGAGUCACCAGUUAACCUAACCUG